AUGCUGGCUCCUACCAGCGCCGCGACCGUUUCGGGGACCGCAACUCCGGAGGUCAGCGCGAAAGAGGGUCAUACCCCUCCCCAUGGGCUACCAGAAAUGGGAGGAGGUACCAGAAGGAGUCGGAGGAAGAUGUGUUCGGUGAUAUGGAAACCUGCACUCACGCGGGCAUCAACUUCGCCCGUCGAAGAUUUUGAAACUGGCAUCCACGAGUUGCUUAUGGUCAACAUCCGCCGCGUUAACUACACUAGACCAACCCCGAUCCAGAAGCAUUCGAUCCCCGUCAUUAUGGCGGGACGCGACCUGAUGGCGUGCGCGCAGACUGGUUCUGGAAAGACGGCGGCGUUUCUGUUGCCUAUCUGCACGGCGAUGCUCAGAGACGGCCCCCCUGAGGCCAGCUCUUACGGGAACCGCAUUGCCAUGCCCGUGUGUCUAGUUCUGUCGCCGACUCGUGAGUUGGCCAUGCAGACGUUCAACGAGGCACGCAAGUUCAUCUACGCCACCGGAAUCCGUGCGGUUGUGUUGUAUGGAGGCAGCGAGGUUCGCAAACAAAUGUUCGAUUUAGAACGCGGCUGUGACAUUUGUGUGGCAACGCCCGGUCGUCUGGCUGACUUCAUUGAGCGUUGCAAGGUCGAGCUCAAAUGUGUGAAGUAUCUGGUUUUGGACGAAGCUGAUCGCAUGCUUGAUAUGGGUUUCGCACCCCAAAUCCGAAACAUCGUGAACAACAGGUCCAUGCCUCAGGUGGGAAGACAAACCGUGAUGUUCAGCGCUACGUUUCCCAAAGAGAUUCAGCAGCUGGCACGCGAUUUCUUGCAUGAUUACCUCUACUUGGCGGUUGGUCGCGUCGGGUCGACGAACGAGUUCAUUCGCCAGCGCCUGCUGUACGCUGACGAGGAGCAGAAGAAUCGCUACCUCGUUAAGCUUCUCAGGGAAAACGCAAAUGGCCUCGUGCUGAUAUUCGUGGAGACGAAAAGGCGCGCGGAUACUAUCGAGGCUUUCUUACUGAGAGAAAACUUCAUGGCAGUCAACAUUCACGGUGACCGCAGUCAACAGGAUCGUGAGGAGGCGUUGCGCCUGUUCAAGACUGGCGAACGCCCCAUUCUGGUGGCUACUGAUGUGGCUGCCAGAGGACUGGAUAUCAACAAUAUCACCCACGUGAUAAACUGCGACCUGCCGACCAACAUCGAUGACUAUGUGCACCGCAUCGGUCGUACCGGUCGCGCGGGUAACGUAGGCAUUGCCACGUCGCUGGUCAACGAGACCAAUCGCGGAAUCUUGAGAGAUUUGCUUGCCUUGCUGGAAGAAGCCAACCAGGAGGUUCCUCAGUGGUUCCAAAAAAUGGUGACCGCUCAAGCAUUCUCCUCAGGUAGCCGUGACCACGGCAAGCGCUCAUCAGGCGGGAAGUUCAGCCGCCAGUUCGUUUCUCGCGAUGUGCGCGGCCACACUGAGUCCGUUACGUUCAACCAGGGGACCAAAGGUCGUGGAAAUAACGGAUACUCGCAGCAGGGCAAGAGCAGCGGUUUCCACGAAGCGGACGACGAGUGGUGGUGA